AUGACAACAGUUAGAGCCUUAAUUACUGUAGCAGUGAAGAAAGGCUGGGAUAUUUUCCAACUUGAUGUGAACAAUGCUUUCCUCCAUGGUGAUUUGUAUGAGGAGGUGUAUAUGGAGGUGCCACCAGAUCUCUUGAUUGAUCAUUCCAAUUCACACAAGAUGACUUCAUCCUCCACCAUCUUUGUGGCAGUGUAUGUUGAUGAUGUGAUAGUCACUGGCACUGAUUCAGCAGAGAUAGCUAACCUGAAGGCUUUUCUUGACAAACAAUUCAGAAUCAAAGACUUAGGCAAGCUUCACUACUUCUUGGGCUUAGAAGUCCUUUACAAAUCAGAUGGAGUUCUUGUCUCUCAAAGAAAAUUUGCUUUAGACCUGCUCAAGGAAUAUGACUGCUUUGCAUACAACAAUUUGUCUUCUCCACUUGAUCCUUCACUAAAACUAAAGGCCAAUGAAGGAACCUUGUUGCCAGAUACUACUUAUUAUAGAAAACUAAUAGGAAAGAUGAACUUUCUAACUAACACAAGACUUGACAUAACAUAUAGUGUGCAACUUCUCAGUCAGUUUAUGCAAGCACCUAGAGACACACACUUGACUGCAGCUUUCCACCUCUUCAGAUAUCUUAUGAAGGAUCCCACACUAGGAAUAUUUUUCUCCAACAGUGCUGACUGCUCAAUAUACGCUUAUUGUGACUCUGAUUGGGCAUCAUGCCCUGAUUCCAGAAGAUCUAUUACUGGAUAUAUUGUGCUAGUAGGAGACAGUCCUAUUAGCUGGAAGUCCAAGAAACAGGAGACCAAUCUCCUUAUCAUCAGUUGA